AGAACAGUGGGAUGGAAAAGCUGCAACAUUUGAUUGUUUGACUCCUUAACAUUUCAGUGAGUUUUUUGGUGAAUUCCAUGAUGGAGCAGCGUCUGUUCAUACUUCUGCUUUUCACAGGAAUUGUUCCCUGUGUCCUGUCUGUGACCCGUAAGUAUUAUCUGGUCCAGCAGGGAAGAAGUUGGACUGAUGCUCGGCUUUACUGCCAAGCCUUACACACAGACCUGGCUAUCAUCAGAAAUAGCGACGACAUGAUCGAGCUUCAGAAUGAAGCACAGGCUCAGAAUUUCCGUUCGGCAGCUUGGAUUGGAAUGUACAGUGAUAUUUACAGCUGGCGCUGGACUUCUGAAAAUCAAUCAGUGGUCAAUUUUAGAUCUUGGGAUGAGGGAGAGCCUAACAACAGGAACGGAGUUCAAAACUGUGGUGCAGUAACUCCCUGGGGUUGGUGGGAUCUGGUGUGUACGGAAACACGCCCCUUUUUGUGCUUUGACGAAACAAAAACUGUCAAUGACCGCUACGUUUACAUAUCUAAUGAGACAGACUGGUUCAGCGCUCGGGCUUACUGCAAAGAUAAUCACACAGACCUGGCCAGUCCGAGAGACGAAAAAGAAAACUUAUUGUUACAGGAACUAGUCCCUGGUGUGACUUGGUUUGGUAUGUUUAAAAACCCCUGGAAGUGGGUAGACAAUACCAACUUCUCCAAUGUCAGCUGGAUGUAUGGACAACCUGACAAUGACUACUGGAAUGAAACGUGUGGUUAUUUAGAUAUGUUUCAGGCCGCCGAUGCACAGUGCUCAUACAUUAUGCCUUUCUUCUGUUACUCAGUCACAACAUCCGUCUCAAAACGACAAAUCCUAAGGAUGAAGAUCCAGUCCAGUCAGGAUUUGGAUGAUUUUGCAGAAAUUGUGGUCAUCUUGGAGAAGCUCAAGCAGAAACUGAAAGAUGAUGGGAUGGAAGAGAAUAUCGUUGUGAAAUGGAAAGUAAAUCCAGAUGGAUUGAUAUUUCACAAGGAGACAGAAACUCUCUAAGCCUACAGCUGUGUCUCAAUCAGCAUUAGACAGAUGGUGAAGGGGAAAAGUGUAUACUCACCAUUCAGGAUCCAUGAUGCUGCAUAACUUGUAUAUAGACAUUUUAUUGCUUUCUGUAUCAUUAGAUAUAACUAACAAUUCUAUUCAUAAUCAGCGGUAAUUCAUGGGCUAUGAUAUGUAUGUAUAGGAAUUCCACUGUACUCGUUUUAUUCACUGAGUUUUAAAGUUCUCACAAUGGGCGUAUUCAUCAAUCUUUUAGUAAAUUCUUGUGUAAAAACAACAAGAAACCAGCUUUAAAUAAGAUGUGGAAAGGUUGAUUUUCUAGAAAUCUAAGGAUGAUAUUUUGACUUGUUUUGGACAUAAUAAAAAGAGGAAAUAUAAACUUGACAGCAGUAGUCAGUGUAAAUUCUAUGAUUUUAAGUCUAAGUUGAGGUUUACAUUAGUUCUUAUGAGUAAUUUGGCAUGAGAAGAUUACGAGUAGGAUGUUUUGUUGAAAUUAUUGGCUUCUCAGUUCAUACUCACUCUGAUGAAGCCCAAUAUCUGAGCAAUACACUGUUUAAAAAAAUAUAUAAAAAUUAUAAAAAGAAUUAUAAAAAGAAACCUAUAUUUUAAAAAACACCAAAUGCCACUGGUGUGGAUGGUUCCUCUUGCCAUCCCUUUUCAAAAACACUUUAUGGCAUCAACCGUUCAUCACUGGAUAACUUUUCUUGGAUAUUGCAGAUUUGAAGCUUAAUAAAUAUUCUGUAUAUUAUAAUAAAAACCUUGAUGCUCAUACUGAAGAGUCAUUUAUCCUCUCUGACUUUAUAGCAUCCAGAUAUGAAAGAGUAAUGCUACUUAGUGCCACGGUCACCCACAGGAAGAUGGGAUUUCUUCCUCAUAGUGUCGUAGUGUAGUUUUUCCUGGCUUGUGCUUAAGAGGUCUAAAUCAUCAUGGAGAGAAAACAAAUGAAUAAAUACACUGAUCAGGCAUAACAUUCUGACCACUGAGAGGUGAAGUGAAUAAGAUCUCCUCAUCAUGGCACCUGUUAGUGGGUGGGAUAUAUUAGGCAGCAAGUGAACAUUUUGUCCUCAAAGUUGAUGUUAGAAGCAGGAAAAAUGGACAAGUGAACAAGUUUGACCGAAAGGGCCAAAUUGUGAUGGCUAGACCACUGGAUCAGUGCAUCUCCAAAACUGCAGCUCUUGUGGGAGGUGGCAGGUGGUCAUAAUAUUUUGCCUGGUCUGUGUAUGUAUGUAUUGCAUGUAUGUGAUCUCCAUCAUAUAAUCAAUAAAAAAAAAACCUCUGUGAUGAGAUUUCUUCGGUGUGUAU